CAGGUCUCCUGCAGGUCCCACAUCAAGACAUGAUAUAAUACGACCUGAUGGAUAAGCUAUAUUUACACUAAUUGUCCCUUCCCACUUCCCAACCAAAUCAAAAUGAUGAUGACCAAUCUGACUUUGCCCCUCCCCUUGCUUAUGGCUGCUGAGCUUAAGAGGAUAUAUAAUGAAAACCCACAGCAUCAAGACCAGGCUUCAACAGGCACUUGCAGGACACACAGACACUCUUCUAAUUCUGCUAUUUUUUGUUUGAGUCCACUGGCUGAAGAUGAACGGAACGGAGGGCAGCAACUUCUACAUCCCCAUGUCCAACAGGACCGGGCUGGUCAGGAGUCCGUAUGAAUAUGAGCAGUACUACUUGGCUGACCCAUGGCAGUUCAAACUUUUGGCUCUGUACAUGCUCUUUCUGAUCUGCACUGGGCUGCCAAUCAACGUUAUAACCCUGGUAGUGACAGCUCAGCACAAGAAACUUCGGCAGCCUCUCAACUUCAUCUUAGUCAACCUGGCCGCGGCUGGAACCAUCAUGGCCUUGUUUGGAUUUACUGUUACGUUUUACACCUCCCUCAAAGGCUACUUUGUUUUUGGACCCCUUGGCUGUGCCAUUGAGGGCUUCAUGGCUACUCUAGGAGGUCAGGUGUCUCUGUGGUCAUUGGUGGUACUGGCCAUUGAGAGAUACAUUGUCGUCUGCAAGCCCAUGGGCAGCUUUAAGUUUGGUGCCACCCAUGCUGGAGCCGGAGUGGCAUUCACAUGGAUCAUGGCUAUGUCUUGCGCAGUUCCACCACUCGUUGGCUGGUCCAGGUACAUCCCUGAGGGAAUGCAGUGCUCCUGCGGACCUGACUACUACACCCUCAACCCUGAUUACAACAAUGAGUCAUAUGUCAUGUACAUGUUCAGCUGCCAUUUCUGUGUUCCUGUCGGCACAAUCUUCUUCACCUAUGGAAGCCUUGUCCUCACAGUCAAAGCGGCUGCAGCCCAACAGCAGGACUCAGCCUCCACCCAGAAGGCAGAGAAGGAAGUUACACGUAUGUGCUUCAUGAUGGUUUUGGGCUUCCUCACUGCCUGGACCCCCUAUGCCAGUUUUGCUGCCUGGAUUUUCUUCAACAAGGGAGCUGCUUUCACUGCUCAGUCCAUGGCUAUUCCUGCCUUUUUCUCAAAGUCCUCAGCCUUGUUCAACCCCAUCAUCUAUGUGGUGCUUAACAAACAGUUCCGGGGGUGCAUGAUGCAGACAGUCUUUGGCAAAUCCCCAGAGGACGAGACUUCAGUGUCCACAAGCAAGACAGAAGUGUCUUCAGUGGGUCCUGCAUAG